AUGAUUUCACAUUCAGUCUGCGCUUUCAGGCACUCAGGUGACUUCGAGGCAUAGUUCACUGCUUUCACUCUUUGGGGGUUUUUUCUCCUUCAGGUUGGAAAUGGCCAAAAUAUGGUUUUGGACAUUCCUUUUGAUUGCUGUUUGGACUGUUCGUAAGUGCUUUGUGAAGCGACUACAACAGCUGCACCAGAUGAAGCGACUACAACAGCUGCACCGACUACAACAGCUGCACCAGGUGAAGCGACUACAACAGCUGCACCGACUACAACAGCUGCACCAGGUGAAGCGACUACAACAGCUGCACCGACUACAACAGCUGCACCAGGUGAAGCGACUACAACAGCUGCACCAGGUGAAGCGACUACAACAGCUGCACCAGGUGAAGCGACUACAACAGCUGCACCAGGUCCGUGUGCUUCAAACCCAUGUCUUGGUGGAAGCACCUGUGAAGACCGUCACCAGACAUUCGAGUGCUUGUGUCUGCCUGGUGAAGAUUAUAUUGUCAACAGCUGUGAAAGGGCUGUACGAACAGUUCAAGUCGAAUACUAAAUACAGUCGUUCCGUUGUGCUGGAACUCCGGAGGUAUGUACCAACCAAAGCAAGGUCAGACACAGGGAAUGUUGAAGCAUCAGUAGAAAUCAUCUAUGAUAACGAUGCUGAAAUAACAACUGGGGAUGUAGAUGAAGAAUUGAAAAAAGUUGUCUGCAAUGACUGUCCACUGGAGGGAACAGUUGAAAUUUCUGUUCCCUAUAAAGCCAAGGAACUUUGUGACGAUACAACAUGUGAUCCUAUAACAACAACGUGUACAGUUGAAGACGGCAGAUACAAUUGUACAUGUAAAGAUGGCUACCAUGAAAAUGACUUCAUUGACAGAGUAUGCAGAGCCUGUCCUCCUGGUCAGAAAUAUGAAAAAGAACAAAAUGCUUGUGUCAAUUGUUCUCCUCUCCUCUCUGGUUUUGACUGCAAUGACAACACAGCACUGAUCCUCGUCAUCGUUGUCUCAAUCGUUGGAGCCCUGCUGCUCAUCACGUUGAUCGUUUUGCCGAUAGUUUUAAGCAAAAACAAGAAGAAAAAAUCGAAGAAAGAGGAAGAGAUUUUGGAGCCCUACUACAGCCAUUCUGUUGCCAAGGCACCAGCAUCUAAUGGCAGUGGCUUUGGUUAUGGCCCCUCCGUCAAAGAGUCAGCAUACAACCUUUCAGCAAAUACUGGGGCCCCUCGAAUCCCACGGGCCACACACACUAGCAACUGGGACAAGACCAACCUGGAGAUGACGCCCAGCAACAGCCGACAGAACUUGAUUCCUUCGGGGAGGAACUCGAACAACCCCUAUGAUCACGUCGUGCAACGGAGCAACCCAUACGGACAGAGCGGAGGCAUGAACCCCUACAGUCAGAACCGAGGCCAGACCAACCCUUACUUCAAUUAAGGGGAGGAGAGCUGGAUCACUUGAGGGCUUCUAUUGGGGUACUUUUCUCAGGAUACUGCACUUUACUGGAUUCCAUUUGAUGUAAAAGUUGUUAACAGGAGCUGAGAUAUGUAAUGAGGUGUAAUAAAUAUCAUUUUAGCCUCUUCUGUAUGACUCUUAUGGGUAAUUAUAAGCUCUCGUAAAACAGUCCUGUGUUUCAAUGUCAAAAUCGUAAAUUUAGCUUUAUGAUUCAUACAUUCUUAGUCAACUGACCUCUCAGUAAUGUCAUUUUGUUUAACAUAUAUACAGAAUUUGUUCUAAGUUCAUUCUAAAAGAUCAAAAACUCAGGAUUUUAAGUUUAGCAAUAACAAAGUCAGAGCUUUUUACCUGGUUAAUUUAUUUUUGUGUUCAUCUAUGAAUUUACUUUUUUGCAGUGUAAUUUUUUGGUAAAGGAGAUGAGCUGAAAAAUUCUCCAAGUCAAAAAGAAAAUGAGAUGAUUCAUUUUAUGAUUUCAACUAUUUUUGUUUCCUUUUACUUCUCACUUUGCCUCCUGUAAUAUAUGAUUUAAUUUAAAAGUUGUAAAUCAUAGAUAACGUGUAUAUUCUAGUUUGAAUUUACAAUUGUUUUUUUUUUUUUGUUUAUUUGGGAACAAUAAAGUUUGAAUUGCAGAUUUUUUGGGGUUCAAAUGUUUAUGACCAAUAAAAACACUCUGAUUCAGAUAGUU